AUGUUCCGCAGGACUUCUGAUUUCUUCAAACAAUACAACCAAAGGCGCGGCUCGGUUGAUUUGACCAAGUCUGUCCAGUCAGAGCCAAGUGACAAUACAGGCGUCGAUAACACACCCAAGGCUACUAUCAAAGAUGCCCCUCAGAAACAACACAGCUGGAGCUUUUACUCCCUAGACGAAAACGAACCGGAGAAGCGACGCCUGAAGCGAGAGGAAAGGGAACGUGCGGAUUGGGUUGCUACGAGACAAUACUGCAGCGCUCAACGGCGUAGCAACGGUGUGGGAAUUGGGUUCUAA